AUGAAGCUCUUCAUUACUCUACCCUUGGCCUUCACUGCGCUGGUGAUAAGCACCCCAACUGAAACAAACAACCAAUUCGAUCUGAGCAAAGUGCAAGGUGCACUUGAAGCUCGUCAAACAGUAGUGUUGCGUCCGGGCAAUGAAGUUGGUCCAGGGCUUGUUCCUGCUCCGCCAGCCGCACAACCUGUUUGCACCUGUCCUAAGAUUCUUGGACGUUGCAUCGUUGAUGCUACUUGUGGUUCUCCAUCAUUUUAUGUAGAGUUUAACCUUGACCGGUAUAUUUGA